AAGGAGUAAAUAUUGACUGGCCUGCUUGGAAAUAUUACGGCCAUGAUGAACUUAUUGACAAAAGAAGUGGCCUAAACUAUUUAAUGAUUUUCUUUCUUGACGAUAAUAAUUCAGAAGUUAUUGGUGUGUUAACUGUUUAUCCUCAAUCUUCGCAAUCGAUAUCCUGA